GCCGCGUGUAUCAUGCUGUGUGUAUGGUGCCGCAUGUAUGCCGUCGUACGUAUCGCGUGCGCAUCAGUUGCCCUCGCCAUCUGUGCAUGGUGCUGCCGAGUUGUUGUGUUGGCCUUCCCCACGGGUGACGGCGUGUGACGGUGGGCCCCCCUCUCCCUCGUGCCCCCUCCACGCCCCUCCCAGCCCGGCGGCGGCGGCGGCGGCGGCGACGGCGGCGACGGCGGCGACGGCGGCGGCGGCCACGGGGCCCACCCCUGCCAGCAGCACGAGCGGCGCCGGCGGCAGCCUCGUCGAUGCCGCCUCCUCCACGCUGGUGACGGGCCAGGCCUACGAGAACAUGGUGCAGGAGAUGGUGCUCAUGGGCUACGAGCGUGAGCGCGUCGUGGCUGCGCUCCGCUCCAGCUUCAACAACCCUGACCGCGCCGUCGAGUACCUCCUCACGGGCAUGCAGGAGGGCGAGGGGCUGGCGGCAGACGCUCCUGCCGAGAGCCAGAGGCAGGCGAUUUCCGCGCCCAGCACCCCGGCCGCCUCGGGCACCGCUGCUAGCACAACGAGCACCGGUGGCACCGCAUCACAGGGAUCCAGAUCCGGGAACCCGUUGGAGUACCUGCGAAACCAGGCACAGUUCCGGUACAUGCGGCGCGCCGUGCAGCAAAACCCUGGCCUGCUGCCCGCCCUGCUGCAGGAGCUGGGAGUCCAGAACCCACAGCUGCUUGCAGAGAUCAGCCAGUACCAGGAGGAGUUCAUCCACAUGCUGAACGAGCCAGGCGAGGAGGGCGCCGACGAGCCCGGCGCAGACGAGCCGGGCGCAGACCGGCCGCAGGUCAUCCAGGUCACGCCCGACGAGAUGGACGCCAUCGAGAGGCUCAUGGGCCUGGGCUUUGAGCGGCGCCUGGCGAUGGAGGCCUACUUCGCCUGCGACAAGAACGAGAACCUGGCGGCCAACUUCCUCCUACAGCACAUCGUGGACGACGACUGAGUCCACCUUCGUCCACCCUCCCCCUCCCCCCCCCCCGUCUUCUCUCUGCCUCCCUCCCCAACUCCCCGCAGAGCACGCUCGCCCACUGCCCUUCUCUCUCCCCUUCACAGCCACCACCACCACCACCAUCGUCGUCAUCACCACCACAAUCACUGCCGCCGUCAUCACCACCGCCGCCAGCACCACCGUCACCGUCACCGCCGCUGCCACCAUGAUCACCGCCAUCGUCGUAACCGCCGCCGCCACCGACCAACAUCGUGGUCACACUCACCUGCCAACACCGCCACCGCCGUCACCACCAUCACCGUCACCGGGCACGGCCCCGUUGCACCGUCACCACGAGCAAGUGCUGCCGAAUGGCGUGGCCACGUGGGGGGAGGUCACUCCCUCAAGGGGGGGUCACUCCCGUGGUGGGGGGAGGUCACUCCCUCAAGGGGUCACUCCCGCAAGGGGUCACAGCGGUGGUCUCCUCCGACCUCUCGCCGUUCCCGUGGAGCACACAAACCGGACGACGUGCGUGUGUGAAAGGGUGACGCGCGGUGCCAAUCGUCGGGCCCCGGGGGGACGCCGCCCGCCCCCCCGCCCCCCGCCCCCCGCCGUGUGACGGUAACCAAGGAACUAAUCCGCUGCGUGGUGACCUCUGACCCUGCCCCCCUCUCGAUGGUGGAGCGAGCGGCUGCUCGGUGACGAAGCCGCGCGUCCUGCUAAGAUGUGAAAGGCGGCAAGACCUCGGUGGACGCGUCACACCGAGGUCUAGGACGCUGGGCCGCGCGAGUGGCGUCGCCCAAACACAAAAUGGGAUGAUGAAUGUUUUUCGUUUUUCCCCACCCCCGCCCCCCCCCCCUUUCUCCGGUUCAUAAAAAAAAUUAUAAAUCGCGUCGCGACCGCCCCCUGUCCCGGGCCAGCCCCCCGCAGGGAGACGCCGAGCCUCGUGGCGCUCGCCUCGUCGAUUAAAGGACGCUGCUGGCGCGGCGGCGGUGCAUUUGGGGAACCGUGAACGUGUGCAAGGUGAAUGAGGCUGAGCUUGCCGUCGGAGGUGGGGGAAGCCAACGGGAGAAUAGUUCCACUGCUACCCGUCGCACUGUCCGCCGGACCCCACUCCCGAGUCCCGAGUCUCGCGCGGCUCUCCCCGCGGACCCCAGCCCCUAAACCAGGGGGUCGGCAAUCGAAAUAUUGGGCGGCAUUAUAUUUCGAAUUUGAUUUAAAAAAAAAAAUGUUCAAGAGCCGCAACGCUUGUGGUGACUACGUGGCGGCCGGUGGGUCCUCGAUGGACAACGUCGCGAAGAAGUCCUUGAAGGGGGCCGCGUGUCGCCGCUCCCAAACCCUGCCGCUAGGCCGCUGAACUCGCCGGCCAACCGGGCCCUAAGUACCCGCCUCCAAAUCCCUGACCGCGCCGUGCCAGCGCGUACCCCCACACUGCUCACCCGGACGGUCGCACCCCCCCCCCCCUCUCCCCCCACCUCCCGUUCACCGGUGGCGUGCGUGAACGCCAUGACGGCAGUGCGCGAGGAGCCCGGAGCCACUUAACCCCCACCCCCCACCCCGUAAGUUUAUGCAAAGGUUUGAGAGGCAAGCGGAGAGGGGUUUUGUUCCGCUACGUUUCGCUGUUCAAGUGUCGCCGCCGCCGCCGCCGCCGCCGCCGCCGCCGUGUUGCGUGACCGGGCCGAGCGCCGAUUUUGCCGUGGCCGGCGAGACGGCAAAGUGUCCCGCGGCGCUGCUGCGCGCCACCGGGAUCGGCGGACGGGCGGGCGGGCGGGCGGAGGGGAGGUCGUGCUAGGGGCGGGGCUGGGCAGGGCCGGUUCUGGUGGCCGGUUGGCUCGCGAGUUCGUGUUGUGUGUGGGUUUUGGUGUCGGUGGCGGGGGGAGGGGGGUUAGUGACUGGUUGCGUUAACUUCAGGGCUGCAGCAGUGGCUGGGUUGACGAGUCAAGGUCAUGGGUGGGGUUGGUCUCGGUGGCUUGCUGUUUAGUUUUAGUGCGGAGUGGCUCUGGACGGCUACUUGAUUGGGGUUAGGCUUAGUACUAGUGGCUGAUUGGAUAGUUGGGAUUAUGGCUAGCGCUAGUGACUUUGGGUAGUUGGGGUUAUGGGUAGCGCUAGUACUAGUGGCUGAUUGGAUAGUUGGGAUUAUGGCUAGCGCUAGAGACUUUGGGUAGUUAGGGUUAUGGGUAGCACUAGUGACUUUGGGUAGUUAGGGUUAUGGGUAGCGCUAGUACUAGUGGCUGAUUGGCUAGUUGGGAUUAUGGCUAGCGCUAGAGACUUUAGGUAGUUGGGGUUAUGGGUAGCGCUAGUACUAGUGGCUGAUUGGCUAGUUGGGGUUAUGGCUAGCGCUAGUGACUUUGGGUAGUUGGGGUUAUGGGUAGCGCUAGUACUAGUGGCUGAUUGGAUAGUUGGGGUUAUGGCUAGCGCUAGUGACUUUGGGUAGUUAGGGUUAUGGGUAGCGCUAGUGACUUUGGGUAGUUGGGGUUAUGGGUAGCGCUAGUACUAGUGGCUGAUUGGAUAGUUGGAAUUAUGGCUAGCGCUAGAGACUUUGGGUAGUUGGGAUUAUGGCUAGCACUAGUGACUUUGGGUAGUUGGGGUUAUGGGUAGCGCUAGUACUAGUGGCUGGUUGGCUAGUUGGGAUUAUGGCUAGCGCUAGAGACUUUGGGUAGUUGGGAUUAUGGCUAGCACUAGUGACUUUGGGUAGUUGGGGUUAUGGGUAGCGCUAGUACUAGUGGCUGAUUGGAUAGUUGGGAUUAUGGCUAGCGCUAGUGACUUUGGGUAGUUGGGAUUAUGGCUAGCGCUAGUGACUUUGGGUAGUUGGGGUUAUGGGUAGCGCUAGUACUAGUGGCUGAUUGGAUAGUUGGGGUUAUGGCUAGCGCUAGUGACUUUGGGUAGUUGGGGUUAUGGGUAGCGCUAGUACUAGUGGCUGAUUGGAUAGUUGGGGUUAUGGCUAGCGCUAGUGACUUUGGGUAGUUAGGGUUAUGGGUAGCGCUAGUACUAGUGACUAGCUAGCAGGGAUUGGGGCGAGGUGAGGUUCGGGUUAUGGGUAGCACGAGUACCAGUUGGCUGGGGUGAUCAGGGCUAGAAUCAGGUUGGCUGUUCCGCUCACGAACCUCUCUCUCCGCCACCCCCACAGUAACGCACGGAAACCUCUCGCCCGCUCGCCCGCCCGCCCGCCCGCCCGCCCGCUCGCUCGCUCGCCCGCUCGUCCACUCGCUCGCCCUCCGCUCGUCCACCCGCUCGCCCUCCGCUCGUCCGUUCGCUCGCCCUCCGCUGACCUUUUCUGUUGUCCCAGGCCGGUGGCCACGCAGCAGUGGCAGCGUAACUACUACUACAACUACUACACUCGCGCGUGACGAUAAAUAAUAAAAGAGAGAGUUGUUAUUUA